GAGAACAAGCGAGCGAGCGAGCGAUCGCCGAUCGAUCAAGGGGAGAAGGGGGACCGAGCGGCCGAGAAAGAUGGCGCAGGUGUGGGCGGUGUCCCUGGCGGUGGCGUCGCUCGCCAUCGGCAUGCUCGGGGUGCUCGGCGUCUGGCUCUGCUACCUCUUCGACGCCGUGGCUCGGGGCCGCGCUCCGCGGACGCCGCCACCCACGCCCCAGACGGAGGAGGAGGAGGAGAAGGGCGGCAAGAACGGGCUCUCGGAGGCGGAGCUGAUGCGCCUCGGCGGGGUCGUCGCCGUGCUGGAGUCCACGGACAGAGAGGAGGAGGAGGAGGAAGAGGAGGCGCUCUGCCCGAUCUGCCUCGACCCCAUGGAGCCCGGCCGCGCCGUGCGCGUGCUCCCCGGCUGCAACCGCGCCUUCCACAAGGACUGCGUCGACCAGUGGCUCGCCAUCUCGCCCCGCUGCCCUGUCUGCAACGUCUGGGCUGCGCCGCCGUCUUCGCCUGCGGCCUCCUCGCCGCUGGCGCCCAAGACCGGUUGGGAUUCUUGACGUCGGGGCGGCGCGUCACCUCUGGCGCCUGGCGGGUCAGUUCUUGGUCCUUGGCGAGUUCUUUGGUUGGGUUCUGAUCAUCGAUCAAGAAGCCUUCUCGAUUGAAUCUCGUUGGCUUCGUACUUCUGGAGAGCGAUUCUUGAUGAAUUCUUGGCGGCUACUUGAUUCUGUGAAGGAUUCUUGGACGGGAUUGCAUGUACAUCGACUCGAUCCUCGAAUUCUUACUCCAAAUCAGUAGGUUUUGCAGGUUUCGGUCAUUGUUCUUUUAGCAGAUCGUCGCAUUUCGACGGAUUUAGACUUCUUGAUGAGCGAACUGAAUAAAAAGAUGAUGUCAGUCAGAUGCUCAAAUAAAACAUCAUUUUCCUUCCGGAAUUUUAAUGUCAUUAAUCUGUCAUUGGCAGAAGGAAUGACUGAAACUGUGAAAUUCUGCACCUUAGAUGAUGUGUCAAAGUCAGAGGUGGAUUUUCUGCACUGUGUAAA